AUGGCUCCGAUUGUGCCUCAGUGCCAGGCACUGCGGUUCGCUGAUCAGCAGCGGUGCACGGAAGAGGCCACUCACACAAAUCAGCUGUUCUGCCUCUUGCAUGUAAGGCAAGCCUACGGUCUGUAUAUCGGUUAUAAGAGGCGAAAUGCGCAGCUUGACGCUCUCGAUGAAGAUCCUCCAGAUUAUUUGGCAGGGACGCAUAUUCCCCUCGCCAACGAUGAUUUCGACUCUGUCGAUGACAGCAAGGAGAUGGAGGAGAUCAUUGAUCAUCUCCACGUUAAGUGGAACACCCUCAAUUGA